AUGUCGACAGACUACACCUAUGAUGACAAGGGGCAAUUCUUCCCGUUCUUCAUCUUGACGAUCUCCGGUCUUGUCACGCUCCCUUUAACAUACAACCUCCUCAAGCCGAGCAAGGAGCUUGAAAACACCGCACCCCGAAUAAAAUCGGACUUUAAGCCGGAACAUGGCGACCUCAUCGAGGCACAGAAGCGGAAACGCCUGCGCAAGGAGCGCCGCAUCAAGCGCAUAAUCACCGUCAUUCUGGGAUAUGCCGUCAUGGCGUGGAUGGUAUACUUGAUCAUUGUCACGGCGAGAACGGCACCCAAGAUCUGGGAUCCCUAUGACAUCCUGGGUAUCUCGCGAAGCGCCGACGAGAAAGCCAUCUCCAGACAUUACAAGCGUCUCUCUCUUAUCUACCACCCCGACAAGAUCCGACCCGACCCCGCCAAGAACGAGACCAUCGAGACUCUGAACGAUCGCUUCGUUGAACUGACCAAGGCUUACAAGGCGCUGACCGACGAGGAGGUCCGUAACAACUACAUCCAGUACGGUCAUCCUGAUGGCAAGCAAAGCUUCAGCAUCGGCAUUGCUCUGCCCCAGUUCAUUGUCACGGAAGGAAACGGAAAGUUCGUGUUGCUGGUCUACGGCGGUCUGCUUGGUGUUCUUCUCCCCUACAUUGUCGGCAAGUGGUGGUAUGGCUCGCAGCGAUACACCAAGGAACGAGUGCUGGUCGCUAGUGCCGGAAACAUGUUCCGCGAGUACAAGGACGACAUCACCGAUGGCGGAAUCGUUGGCGCCCUGUCUUCCGGCGACGAGUACAAGGAGACGCUCAAGGGAUCGCACGCGGAAGCUGGACUGGCCAAGCUUGAGCAGAAGGUCCUCGCAGAUGACUCGGUUCUUUCGGCUCAGGAUCGCAAGAAACUCCAGGAACUGGAUGACUCGACUCGACGCAAGGCUCUGGCAUUGCUGUGGGCUUACUUGGGCCGGAUUGAUCUGGAGGAUUCCACCCUGAACGGAGAAAAGUACGAAGCCGCUCCUACGGCACUUGGCCUGAACGAAGCAUUCACCGCUAUCACGCUCGCUUUCGGUAACGUUCGUCCCAUCCUGGGAUCUUUCAGAACGUCGCAGCAUUUGAUCCAAGCCGUGGCCCCGGGAUCGUCUCCUCUUCUGCAACUGCCUUACUUCACCGACAAGAUUGCCAAGGCCGUCGAAGGCGAGGAUGCCAAGGACCACUACAGUGUCCAGAAGUUCAUGAGCCUGCCGGAAGAAAAGCGUCGUAGUCUUACCGUCGGCGCUGGUCUCCUGUCCGAAAACCAGUACUCCACCGCUGUCACCGUCGCGAAGCAACUCCCCGCGCUGGAAGUCUCCAAGGCAUUCUUCAAGGUCAUGGGCGAGAAGGUCAUCACGCCCAGCAGUCUCGUUCAGCUGGUCGUGAAGGCCCGAUUCAUUCCUCCCGGUUCCACCAACGUCCCCGAAGUCAGCGCCGCGGAUCUGGAAGAUAUCGACCCCGAUGAGGACGACCUUGACUCCCUCAUGGGCCGCAAGAACAAGGGCAAGAAGGACAACAAGGAAUCCGUCCAGCCUCCUCUGGCUCACGCCCCGUACCUGGCCCGCGAUCACUCUCCCCGGUGGCACAUCUUCCUGUCGGACGCCAAGCAGGGCAAGAUGGCCGUUCCUCCCUUCACCUUCACCACCUUCGACAAGCCCCUGUUCGACGAGUCCGGCAAGCCCACCUUCAACGUCCAGACCCUCAAGAUGCAGUUCCAGGCUCCUCCGCAGGUUGGAGACUUCACUUUCGCCAUGAACAUGCUCUGCGACAGUUACCUCGGUCUCGACACCAAGCUGGAAGUCACGCUGCACAUCGACGAUCCUGCCAAGGCAGCCGCUCUGGAUGUGGAAGAUGAUAUCAGCGAUCCCGAAGAAGAUUCCAUCGCCGGUCAAAUGCAAGCCCUGAAGGGCGGCCAGACCAAGAAACCCAAGAAACCGGCCAACGAGUCCAGCGAGGAAGAGAGUGACACUGACGGAGACGCGGGCGACACGAGCGAUACCAACACCGAAACCGAUGUUGACGAUUGA